GUGACAGAUUUUAUAGCAACGUCUCGUCGUCCGUCACGGAUCGAAAAUAUAAACAAGCGCAAAUUUUGAUGCAAUUUUUGUUAUUUUCCCGAUUUUUGUGUAAAAGUAGUGCAAAAUUUUGUAUUUUUUCUAUAUCAUCCAGUGAAAAUAAACGGCUGCAGUAAUGCAGAAGCCGAGCUAUCGCCGGAUCUGCUUCAUCCCGGGCUGCCCGUCGCAGGCAGGGGAAGUAACGUUUCUGAGCGCGUACAAAUCCGACGGAUUGCAGCGCUGGUGGAGUGAAUCGGAGUGGUCCAGCCACCGGAAGAACAAAACCAUUCCGAAGAAUACGCGGGUUUGUGAGAAGCACUUCGAGGAGCGGUACAUUGAUAGGAGUUACAAGAUGCCACGGUUGUUCCCGGACGCUUGGCCGACACUUAAUCUGAUAGAACCGACACCGGAAGAGCUGGCCAAGCAGAGAAUCGAUGGGAGGGGACGACCCCGGGAAGUGAAGACCGAGUUCAAUCCGAGGGCUUUCUGUCGGCUGUGUGGAAGGCGGGAAAAGCGAUCGCUAGAGUAUCAGUUGGAGCACCUAAAGGACGGCGAAGAGGUGCUGAAGUUUUGUCUCGGGCAGUUUUAUGAGAGGGAUGAUCUUCCGCGGGGAGUUUGCAUCACUUGUAUGGAAUCGGCGGAAUCUUUUGUGGAGUUUGCGAAAACGUGCGAAGAAGUUCAGCGGAAGCUGGACACAAUAUUCAGCCAAAACGAAGCGCUAAAGGUAGAACCGGAUUGCCAGAUGUUGGACAAUGUGAAUUUGAAACAGGAGAAAGUUGAAGAAUCGUUUGAGGAGAUACAGGAAGAUCAGUACGAGACAGAAUAUCUGGUGGAAGUGGUUGAAGAUUCGAAAAUGACUGAAGUAAAGGAUGAGACACUUUCGGAACACAACGAAGAAAACGAUCACGAUUUCCCCACGAUGGAUGACGAGCGAGGAUCGGGUCCUGAUACGUCUGAUUCAGAUGAGGAGUACAAAGAACACGAUCAUAGAUCCAAUGAAGACAUAAAUAAAUCUCCCGAUUUUAACAUUACUUCUAGCGUUAGCUCAUAUAGCGACUCGGACCCCGACUCAGAUGACGAGCCUCUUGCCAAACGAAUGCCCCAGAAGAAAAAGUCCGGUCCAAAGCAGAAGCAGACAAUCAAAAUCCGGGAAGACUUGGGAACACUAGACGUCGUAGAUGAGUUCCCGACCGCGGAGAAGAAAGAACGGAAAAAGGCUCCUCCAGCCCAGAGAAAAUCGCGCAAAGCUUCAACCGGUCCCGGCGAGUCCAGUCGAAUAUGCCCGAUCUGUGGCAAGAUUUUGGUCCACAAAGGAAACUUCACAUCGCACCUGAAAAUCCACAGCGAGAAGAAAGAUUACGUGUGCAACAUCUGCGGCAAGGAGUACUACAUCCGGCGGGAGCUCCAGAUGCACAUCGAGUCGCUGCACGAGAAGAAAACGUUCGUGUGCAACAUCUGCGGCAUCAAGUGCGCCUGGCGGAAGGGCUUGCAGCGGCACAUGAAGAACAAACAUUCCGACGAAAGCUCGCUGAAGCACAAGUGCACCUACUGCGGGAAGGCGUUCCUGCUGCCGAACCAGCUGCGGCUGCACGUAAUGAAGCACACUGGUGACCGGAUUACGUGCGAGAUUUGCGGCGCGGGAUACAGGUUCAACUACAUGCUGACGCAGCAUAAAAUCCGCGAGCAUGGCAUGGAGUUCAAGGGUGUCAAACUCUACAAAACUAGCAACAGAUCCCGCAAGGGCUCAGCCAUCAAACCGGAAGCAGAUUCCACUGCCGCAGCGGUAGCUUCCAUUACUACUCAGCAGAACGCUGCUAACACCCAAUUGCACUCCCAACAACCCAGUUCCGGUCCCCAUCCGGUCACGAACGUCACACCGCACGUGUUGGAACCCAGUCACGAUUCUAUGCUCUCGUCCGAGUCGUCCCAGUCGCAUUCGAUCCAACAGCAACACCAACAACACCAUCAGCCCCAGCCACUACAAUAUCAACACCCGGUGCCUACGGCUCACCUGGAACGUGUCCAUUAUCCACCGGGAUUCGUGUACGCUGCAAGUGCAGCUCCGAACAUGAUGCUUCCCCCCGGAGGAUACAGUGGAUAAAUUGGCAGUGAUGGCGGGAGAAAUUCGUAACAACAAGGAGGUGAGUAGAAGACUUUUCGAUUUAUUUGCUAAUAAAACUUCCGUAACAUCGCGCUAAGGUAGAAAA